AUGGAUCCCCCGGCUAUGGACCCAGAGAUUACUACCGCUAAAUCUCGCAUCGCGGUACUUGGAGCUGGCUCUGUUGGCUCUGCCAUUGCCCUGUGUCUUAUCCUCAACCCUGUGGCCAGUGAGGUUGUGCUUGUUGAUCCUAACACAGCAUUGCGGGAUGCUCAGGUCAAAGAUCUAGGAGAUGCCACGACAUACCAUGGCGCUGUUGGGGGUGGCGGUGUCAGGAUUCGGGGCGGAACACACAAAGAAGCCGGGCAGUGCGACAUUGUUGUAAUCAGUGCCGGUGCUAAGCAAAGACAUGGCGAAUCACGUACUGAUCUCCUGGGUCGAAACCUUGCCAUUCUGCAGUCGGCGACGAAUGACAUGAAGCCGUUCCGCGAGGAUACUGUCAUUCUGAUCGUUGCAAACCCUUGCGAUGUGUUGACAUAUUUCGCCCAGAAAUACUCCGGACUUCCAAAGUCCCAAGUUAUUGGAAGUGGGACCUUCCUUGACAGCGCGAGGCUGAGGGGAAUCCUGUCCGAGAAGAUAGGAGUUGAUGCUAGCAGUAUCGACGCCUAUGUACUAGGAGAGCACGGUGAAACACAGAUGGUUGCAUGGUCUUGUGUAACCAUUGGUGCUGUGCCCUUGGAUCAGUGUCUGCCCCCUAACGUCACCUUGGACCGCAAGGCUAUAGCUCGAGAGACCAAGGACAAGGCCGCCAAAAUCAUCGAAGCCAAAGGCGCCACGGCCUACGGCAUUGCCGCUCUUAGUGCGAGCAUUUGCAAAUCCAUUCUGUUUGAUCAGCGGAAUGUCCGUCCUAUCUCCCAUUGGGUUGACGAGCUGGGCUGCUGCUUGAGCCUGCCAGUGGUGCUGGGACGUCGUGGAAUUGUGCGAUCUCUCAACAUGCCCCUGGCUCAGGAAGAGAGGGAUCUCUUGGUACAAAGCGCUGACGCUUUGAAACAAAUCAUCUCCGAGUCGGGUCAGAAUUGA